CAGGACUUUCAUAAUUAACAAGAUGAUGGGUGCUUACACUGUGCAAGCAUUAUAUGUUCUAUUUUUUGGUUAUUUUGUUGGUUCGUCACUGGCAUGUAGCUGUAUGAGAAUUCACCCACAAGAGGCUUACUGCUCUGCAGAUUUUGCAAUAUUGGGUAGAGUGAUCAGUCAUGUUGAUACGGAUAAAGACGACAUAAAUAGGGGACACAUUAUAUUCACUGUUAAAGUUAUAGCUGACUAUAAAGGAUUGGGGUGGGCAGGACAGACCAAGAAAAUAUAUACAGCCCCCAAUAGUGCUUUGUGUGGAGUCUAUUUACAAGACAGUAACAACUACAUUCUUAUAGGAGGCUUUAACAAGGGAGAUCCCUUUACAGGAACGUUUCCUGGAGAGGGUGUUCCAUUCAUAGGGCUAUGUGGUUAUAACCUAGAGGCAAGCAGGGUUCCCAAAGCUGUAAUGAAAGGUUUAGAGAAACUUUACAAAGCAAACUGCAAGUGUGAGAUUUGUAGGUUUCCUGAUGACUGUAAACCAGGCAAUUGCUAUUUGCCAGCCUUUACCGACACCAGUUGCUAUGACAACGCAGUCUGUCGGAGGGCAUGCAAGGAUUCUGAAGGAAAUACAAUGUGCACAUGGAAUCUACCAAGGCAAUGGUGGAAAUGUGUGGCCCAAUCUAAUAGAUGCAGUGUGCCAGGAUGCCCAAUGUUUGAAAAUGAUCAACUCAUAGAUAAACCAAAAGAAGAGUGAGGAGAAAAUCACAAGCCAUAACAAUGUGCUAUUUGUCAUUGUAUUCAGUAUCAAUAAAGUAGCUGUAUAAUUCAAUAUAUAGUUGCAGUUAAUUGUUUAUAAUAUAUUAUAUUUGGACUGAGAGUGAUACUCGAAUAACAUAAUCACUGAGACACAUGUACCAUAAUUACGAUUGUGUUAUGUUGGCUGUGGGGUAUACAUAUAUCUACAACCAACUGCAAUUAUAAGGCUGCCACAGCAUUCCCUGUCACAUACACAUCGGCACCCCCAGGGGGUAUGAGUGCAACCACACUAUUUCUGAGUUUUUUUAGAUGUAGACGCACUCCCCUUCCUGGGGCUAGCUCUGCAUAAAUGUGCUAUAGCAGUCACAUAAGGAUAGCCU